CAAUAUAUGGGGAUAACUAAAUGUGGUGAGUUUUUGCAACCUCCUAGUUUAAGUAAAAUAAUGUGUUCUCCUUGGUCACUGAGAUAAAAUGUUGCCUUGUACACCAUCUACAAGCUUUUGAUUUGCCACAAAUAACAGAUAUUUAACCUUCUGGUGUGAUAUUCCUUUAACAGAGAGAAGGAGCAAGAAAGGGAAGAACAGUUAAUGGAAGACAAGAAAAGGAAGAAAGAGGAUAAAAAGAAAAAAGAAGCCACUCAGAAGGUCACGGAACAAAAAACCAAAGUGCCCGAAGUGACGAAACCAAGUUUAAGCCAACCAACGGCCGCCAGCCCAAUUGGCAGCUCUCCAUCGCCACCAGUCAAUGGUGGCAACAAUGCCAAAAGGGUGGCAGUGCCGAACGGACAACCGCCAAGCGCCGCCCGCUACAUGCCUCGGGAGGUGCCGCCGCGAUUCCGUUGCCAGCAGGACCACAAAGUGUUACUAAAACGUGGGCAGCCCCCUCCACCCUCCUGCAUGCUCCUAGGGGGUGGGGCAGGGCCUCCUCCCUCCACAGCACCUGGAGCAAACCCAAACAACGCACAAGUAACAGGAACGCUGCUGCAGAGUGAGAGUGGGACUGCACCAGAGUCAACCCUUGGAGGUGCUGCUGCUUCAAAUUAUGCAAAUUCCACUUGGGGCCCGGGAGCCUCCUCCAACAACGGCACCUCCCCCAACCCAAUUCACACCUGGGACAAGGUGAUUGUAGACGGGUCUGACAUGGAAGAGUGGCCUUGUAUUGCCAGCAAAGACACUGAGUCUUCUUCCGAAAACACCACCGAUAACAACAGUGCCUCGAACCCUGGCUCUGAGAAGAGCACUCUGCCAGGAAGCACCACUAGUAACAAAGGAAAAGGGAGCCAGUGCCAGUCUGCAAGUUCUGGGAACGAAUGUAAUCUUGGGGUCUGGAAAUCUGACCCUAAGGCUAAAUCUGUUCAAUCUUCCACCUCUGCUGCAGAGAACAACAGUGGACUUGGAAAUUGGAGGAAUGUAAGUGGUCAGGAUAGAAUUGGACCUGGCUCUGGCUUCAGCAACUUUAACCCAAAUAGCAACCCAUCUGCCUGGCCAGCGCUGGUACAAGAAGGAAAUUCUAGGAAAGGGGCAUUGGAGACAGAUACUAGUAAUUCCAGUGCACAGGUUAGCACAGUAGGUCAGGCAUCCAGGGAACAGCAGUCAAAGAUGGAAAAUGCGGGUGUUAAUUUUGUCUCUGGCAGAGAACAGGCUCAAAUUCAUAACACUGAUGGACCAAAAAAUGGAAACACUAACUCCUUGAACUUAAGUUCACCAAACCCCAUGGAGAAUAAGGGAAUGCCCUUUGGAAUGGGCUUGGGGAACGCCUCCAGGUGCACUGAUGCCCCUUCACAAAGCACUGGAGAUCGAAAGAGUGGGAGUGUUGGAUCGUGGGGUGCAGCUAGGGGGCCUUCUGGAACUGACACAGCCUCUGGACAAAGCAAUUCUGGAAACAAUGGGAACAAUGGAAAGGAUAGAGAGGACUCCUGGAAAGGAGCUUCUGUUCAGAAGUCAACUGGCUCAAAAAAUGACUCUUGGGACAAUAAUAACAGGUCUACGGGUGGGUCCUGGAACUUUGGCCCUCAGGACUCUAAUGACAACAAAUGGGGUGAAGGGAACAAAAUGACAUCUGGGGUCUCUCAGGGAGAAUGGAAACAGCCGACUGGGUCUGAUGAGUUGAAAAUUGGAGAAUGGAGUGGUCCAAACCAACCAAAUUCUAGCACUGGAGCAUGGGACAAUCAAAAGGGCCACCCCCUCCCUGAAAACCAAGGCAAUGCCCAGGCUCCCUGUUGGGGAAGAUCUUCCAGCUCCACAGGAAGUGAAGUUGGAGGUCAAAGCACUGGAAGCAACCACAAAGCAGGAAGUAGUGACAGUCAUAAUUCUGGCCGUCGGUCAUACAGGCCCACACAUCCUGAUUGUCAGGCUGUCUUGCAGACUCUUUUGAGCCGAACUGAUUUGGACCCCAGGGUGCUCUCAAACACUGGCUGGGGCCAAACUCAAAUUAAGCAGGACACAGUGUGGGAUAUUGAAGAGGUGCCAAGGCCUGAGGGGAAAUCUGACAAAGGAACUGAGGGGUGGGAGAGCGCUGCCACACAGACCAAGAACUCAGGGGGCUGGGGAGACGCACCCAGCCAAAGCAAUCAAAUGAAGUCUGGAUGGGGGGAGCUCUCAGCCUCUACGGAGUGGAAGGAACCCAAGAACACAGGAGGCUGGAAUGACUAUAAGAACAACAAUUCUUCCAAUUGGGGAGGAGGACGACCAGAUGAAAAGACUUCUUCCUCUUGGAAUGAGAAUUCCAGCAAGGAUCAGGGGUGGGGAGGUGGACGCCAGACCAAUCAAGGAUGGACUUCUGGAAAGAAUGGUUGGGGAGAAGAAGUUGAUCAAGCAAAAAACAGCAAUUGGGAAAGUUCUGCAAGUAAACCUGUGUCUGGGUGGGGUGAAGGAGGGCAGAGUGAAAUUGGAACUUGGGGGAGCAGUGGGAAUGCAAGCCUAGCUUCCAAAGGUGGAUGGGAAGAUUGCAAGAGAUCUCCAGCAUGGACUGAGACAGGGAGACAGCCCAGUUCCUGGAAUAAACAGCACCAACAGCAGCAGCAGCCCCAGCAGCCACCACCACCACAACCAGAGGCUUCUGGUUCAUGGGGAGGCCCACCCCCACCACCUCCAGGCAACGGACGACCUUCCAAUUCAAACUGGAGCAGCGGGCCGCAGCCAGUAACCCCUAAGGAUGAGGAACCCAGUGGUUGGGAAGAACCAUCCCCACAGUCAAUUAGUCGGAAAAUGGACAUUGAUGAUGGCACUUCAGCAUGGGGAGACCCCAACAGUUAUAACUACAAGAAUGUGAAUCUGUGGGAUAAGAAUUCCCAAGGGGGCCCAGCACCUCGAGAACCAAACCUGCCUACCCCGAUGACCGGUAAAUCAGCAUCAGUCUGGAGCAAAAGCACACCACCUGCUCCUGAUAAUGGUACUUCAGCUUGGGGUGAGCCAAAUGAAAGCAGUCCUGGGUGGGGUGAAAUGGAAGACACAGGAGCAUCGACCACAGGCUGGGGGAAUGCACCUUCCAACACUCCAAAUGCCAUGAAACCUAAUUCCAAAUCUAUGCAAGACGGCUGGGGGGAGAGUGAUGGGCCAGUGACAGGAACUCGCCAUCCCAGCUGGGAAGAGGAGGAUGAUGGAGGAGUCUGGAACACCGCUGGCUCUCAGGGAAGUGCUUCCUCCCACAACUCAGCAAGCUGGGGACAAGGAGGAAAGAAACAAAUGAAGUGCUCACUAAAAGGAGGAAACAGUGAUUCAUGGAUGAAUCCUCUUGCCAAACAGUUUUCAAAUAUGGGAUUGCUGAGUCAAACCGAAGAUAAUCCAAGCAGCAAAAUGGAUUUGUCUGUAGGGAGCCUUACAGAUAAGAAAUUUGAUGUGGACAAGCGAGCAAUGAAUCUCGGGGAUUUUAAUGAUAUCAUAAGGAAGGAUCGAUCUGGGUUCCGUCCACCUAAUUCCAAAGACAUGGGAACCACAGAUAGUGGGCCUUAUUUUGAGAAGGGUGGCAAUCAUGGUUUGUUUGGAAAUAGCACAGCACAAUCGAGAGGUAUGCACACACCAGUGCAGCCACUAAAUUCUUCUCCUAGUCUCCGGGCGCAAGUGCCUCCCCAGUUUAUUUCUCCCCAGGUUUCUGCCUCAAUGCUCAAGCAGUUUCCCAACAGUGGCCUGAAUCCAGGUCUUUUCAAUGUGGGGCCCCAGUUAUCUCCUCAACAAAUCGCCAUGCUGAGCCAGCUUCCACAGAUUCCCCAGUUUCAGUUGGCAUGUCAGCUUCUCUUGCAGCAGCAGCAGCAGCAGCAGUUGUUACAGAACCAGAGAAAGAUUUCUCAAGCUGUACGCCAGCAGCAAGAGCAGCAGCUGGCUCGUAUGGUGAGUGCACUCCAGCAGCAGCAGCAACAGCAGCAGCAGCAGCAGCGGCAGCCCAGCAUGAAGCAUUCGCCAUCUCAUCCUGUUGGGCCCAAGCCACAUCUGGACAACAUGGUACCCAACACUCUGAAUGUGGGGCUCCCAGACCUUCAAACCAAAGGGCCAAUACCUGGAUAUGGUUCUGGCUUCAGCUCUGGCGGCAUGGACUAUGGCAUGGUUGGUGGGAAGGAGGCUGGAACUGAGUCUCGCUUUAAACAGUGGACCUCCAUGAUGGAGGGGUUGCCCUCUGUAGCCACACAGGAAGCCAAUAUGCACAAAAAUGGCGCUAUAGUGGCCCCUGGGAAGACCCGAGGAGGGUCACCAUACAACCAGUUUGAUAUAAUCCCAGGUGACACACUGGGUGGCCAUACGGGUCCUGCUGGUGAUAGCUGGUUACCUGCCAAAUCUCCACCAACAAAUAAAAUCGGAAGUAAAUCCAGCAAUGCCAGUUGGCCUCCAGAAUUCCAACCAGGAGUGCCAUGGAAAGGUAUCCAAAACAUUGACCCUGAAUCUGAUCCCUAUGUCACCCCAGGAAGUGUGCUGGGGGGUACAGCCACAUCUCCUAUUGUAGAUACUGACCACCAACUUCUGCGGGAUAACACCACAGGGUCUAAUUCUUCCCUCAACACCUCGCUGCCUUCACCUGGUGCCUGGCCCUACAGUGCCUCUGACAACUCCUUUUCCAACGUUCAUAGCACUUCAGCAAAGUUCCCUGAUUAUAAAUCAACAUGGUCCCCAGAUCCCAUAGGACACAACCCCACUCAUCUCUCCAACAAGAUGUGGAAAAACCAUAUUUCCUCAAGGAACACUACACCGCUGCCCCGCCCACCUCCUGGUCUGACUAACCCCAAACCAUCAUCUCCCUGGAGCAGCACAGCACCCCGAUCAGUCAGGGGGUGGGGGACACAGGACUCGCGGCUUGCCACAGCUUCUACCUGGAGUGAUGGUGGUUCAGUUCGUCCUAGUUACUGGCUGGUCCUUCACAAUCUCACUCCACAGAUUGAUGGGUCAACCUUGAGAACCAUCUGCAUGCAGCAUGGCCCACUGCUGACAUUCCAUCUGAACCUAACCCAGGGCACCGCCCUGAUCCGAUACAGCACCAAACAGGAGGCGGCCAAGGCCCAAACUGCACUGCACAUGUGUGUGUUGGGAAACACUACCAUCCUGGCUGAGUUUGCCACCGAUGAUGAAGUUAGCCGCUUUCUGGCACAAGCUCAGCCCCCCACACCUGCAGCAACCCCGAGUGCACCCGCAGCAGGUUGGCAGUCGCUGGAGACCGGCCAGACCCAGUCAGAUCCCGUCGGGCCUGCUCUGAAUCUUUUCGGUGGGUCGACAGGGCUCGGGCAGUGGAGCAGCAGUGCUGGUGGCAGCAGUGGGGCCGAUCUUGCUGGCGCUUCAUUGUGGGGGCCCCCAAACUAUUCUUCGAGCUUGUGGGGAGUCCCAACUGUGGAAGAUCCCCAUAGGAUGGGCAGCCCUGCUCCUUUACUACCUGGUGACCUUCUGGGAGGAGGGUCGGAUUCAAUCUGAACUUAGAACUUUCAACUCUGACCUCGUUACCUUUUUUGGAACAGCAGCAGCACUAACUUGACCUUUUCGUUUUUUUUUUCAACUUGCAAUAAAUACAUUUUUAAAAGGAAAAAAGAAAACGGAGAGAGAAAAAAAGGUGGGUCAUUGACAGACUGUCUGAGCACAUAGUUGCCUCCCUUAUAUCUUCAGUUUUUUCGUUUGGAAUAUGAAUCCAAAAAGAGAACAUAUCACUCUUGAAAUACUUGAAUCAUGAACGCCAACCUAGAAAGACAAUGUGAAGCAAGUACACAUACCAUUUAAAUUUAAACACAAAAAAAAUUAAAAAAAUUAGUUUCUAGUUUUUCACUUUUUUCAUGUUAUAUGGAAGUUGUUGCUAAGAAACAUAUAUACUGAAAAAAUAGCUUUUUAACUUUGUUUGCACUGGGUGUGUUUCCGUCCUUAGGUCUACCAUGUUUGGGAGGGAGGGGAAUUCAAAAGAAUUGUUGGGGUGGGGGGAGGGAAGACUUGACGGAGCCUCACUUUAAAAACAAAAACAUAAAAACCUAAAAAAAAGGAAAACAUUUGUGAUUGGCUGGUUGAUAAAUACCAGUGUGUUCUGGCACAUGUAACUGCCCAGGCAUGCUCGUUCUGGUAUGUGUGUGCACGUGUGUUCAUGUGCAUCCGCGUGCAUCCUUCUCUCUGUCUCUGUGUGUGUGUGUGCCUGUGUCCUCCUCUGCCUCCGCCUCCUCCUCCCUGACUCUGAUUUCUCAGAAAGCUGCAUUGCUGACAGUCCGCAGGCUGGCUGGCCGGCCAUCUGCUUUUUACUUUUAUUAGUUUUGAUUGUUUGUUUUUUUUUAACUAUGAGAACACACAAGCACGAGGAGCCACUGCUACUAAAGCAACUCCUUUGGGCUGCAUUAAGGUGAACAGAAUGCUCUUUAAUGAUGAAAGCAGUGAGCUCCUUCACAUCUGCAAGUGAGUUUCUCUAAGCUUUUCUUUUGACCUAGCAGUAGAGUGGAGCACUGCCAAGUCCAAAAUAUUAGGAGAGUAGGAGGUACCUCUUGGAGCAUCUGUGUGUUUAUUUAUUUCUGUUUUUUUAAAUAAGUGGCCACUAGGCACAUCUGAGUAUCUGUUAAGUUUCAUGCAGGCCUUUUCGUUACUUUGAAUGGGGACAGGUGAUGAGAUAGUUUUUAAUAAUGUGGUGUCUCCAAAGCAGAAAAACUGUGUUCCCCCUUCCUUGUGUAAUCGGGUAUGAGAAAUUCAUCAGAAAGUCACGUAAUGCUGAAUUCAGUUAUUUCUAUUUGUUCUCUUUUUAAUUUUAUGGAAACAAAAAAGUAAGUUGUGAGCAGCCUCCUGAAAGCAUCCGCAGCUCCUCCCUCUCUGCUCUUUUCUUGCUGAGCGUUACCUGUGCCAGGCCGUGGCGUGUUACAGCACCAGGCCAUCACUGACAGAAACGUUUACUUAACGAAUGUUCUUAAACCAGUGUGUACUUCAAGCGUUUCCUUUUGUUUUUCUGUGUUGUGUAUUUCCUGUGUACGUGGUUUUGCUUAGGCAGGUAUAACUUAGCAAAGACUUUUAAAUAUUGCACCUUUUUUUGGUUUUGACCUCUUUUUUUUCCUUGUAAUGUUGCUUUUUUUAUUUCAAUAUUUAAAGACAUUUUUUAAGCAUCAAUGUAGUAGUACUCUGGGCCGAAUAGGAGGCAACUUUUAAUCCACAGUUAUCACCAACGUGUAUGUACUUAUGUUGGAAUCAAAAUGUAUCAAACUGCUUUUUGUGAAGAGAGUUACAGCAGCCCUGAAGGGGUACCCCUUUAUACAGAGCAGAUGGUGGGUGGGGUGGGGGGAGGGGGCGUAUGCCGGUAACGUGCUAGCACUUGUGUGGACAUCCCAAUCUGCAUUAUACUGUUUAACAUAAAGUGCCGACAUUCUGUACCAGCAAACACCUGCCCAUUCCAGCCCUUGGUGGGAGCAGACCUCUGCUGUCCUCCAUGACUCGCUGCUAGUGAGGACAAAGGAGCUUUUCUUUCUAAUUUAGCGUCUUCAGUGAAGGAUACAACAAUGCCUAAUGUAUCUGGCUUUUAGCUUGUGUCUGUGUGUGGGUGGGUGGGUGGGUGGGUGUGUAUAGGAAAUGGCAAAAACGCAUUCAAGUGGUUUUGUGAGACAAAGAAUGGGAAUUCUGUAGUCCACUCGGCUUACCCUGUUGAUUAUAAACCUAGCCUCAAAAGAGAUUGACAUGCAUAACUCAAGUGAGCAUUCUCUUAUACAAGUCUUUAUGAGCCCUUCAUGGGUAGGUGGUCAAACUUGAGUUUCCAGCAUCGGUUUGGUCCCGUCGGAUGCCUUGUAGAAAACUAACUGUGCCCUCUUCCUGCUCUCCGGUUUUCAUCACCACCAUGCCCCUUCCACCUCUGCCCACAUACACAAUGUCUCCUCCCAGCCCCCACUGGCUGCUCUCUGUGUGUGGAGCAAAACCCUGUCGUGUGGUGCCCUCCAGGUGAAGAGCAGCUGUGUUCAGACAUCUGCAGAAGGCUCAACCUUAGUGUCCCUGGGCUAGGAGCGUGCCCCAAGGCUCCUGAGAGCCAGGAGCGACCCUGCCGCUCUUGGUUUCCUGCCGUGUCUUUCCCCGCCCUCCACCCUUCUUGCCUCUGGGUUCCUUGACCUGCACUAUGGGUUAGUUGAGUUCCUUACCAUACUACGGUGAAAGCCGGGUGCUAGAGCCCCUCUUGUUUACAAGACAUAAUGAGGGAUUUGAAAUAUAUAAAAAUAAACAUGAGAAGCUAAAAUGUUCUUCCAUCAUAAGCUUAAAGGGAAAAAAAUUAAAAACUUUUAAAAAAGACCAAAAAGUGCGUAUAUAUAUAUAUACAUAUAAAUAUAUAUUUUAGAUGAAGACUAACUCUGGGAGCAUUUAACAGUGUUUUCUGUUUUUGUUUUUAACAUUUAUUUUCCUGCUUUAAAAUUUGCAAGCAUUCUCAGGAAUUCUAGGGUAGGAAGCCAGUUUUUUGAAGAUGGUUUAUUUAACCGUAUCUUAUCCUAGAUAGAUGGCUGUUUCUUUCCUGUUAAUAAACUUUUACAAGUUCCUGAAACUUCAAAAAGUUUAAACAAUUUUUACUUAAAAAAAUGUAAAAACGUCUCCAAACAUUAUUGUCAUACUGGGGAUCACACAUUUUAAAACAUGUAGAAAGAAAUAUUUUUUAAAUAUGAUCAAUUUAGCAGCAACAGAUAAAUUCAUUAUCUUAAAAAAUAUGGGAGAAGGAUUGAGCUUCAUCAGAGCUCUAUCACAGAUUCAUUUGAAAUUGUGUGUUAUUUAACGGGAGAGUGUUUGGUGUAUAUAAAUGGGAAUUCCAUCACUUUGUUCCUUUCCAUUUAAGACUGAACUGAAAUCUCCCCUACUAAUUUUUUUUUAAGGAACCCUUCUCCCUGUCCCCCAGCCCUACCAACAAAUGAAAGAAAGAAAGAAACAAUUGCUUAAAAAAAAGUAACCCUAACCUGUAAAAUAGUGCAGUCGGAUUGCUGAGAAUCUAUGUAAAGAGUUAGGAAAUAUAGGUUAAUAACUUUUGGAACAAAUUUUAAAUAUAGGCAUUACUAGAGGAAAAAUAUCUAUCAGCUGUUCUAUUAAUGAAGAAUGUCUGUCUUACCUCCAUUUGUUAAGGCAGGAGGAGAAAAUAAUAGAAGAAUCUAAUAAGAAACAAGUGAUUUUAAUUUUUUCGCUCCCAGCUACUGUUGUGCUCAUUCUAAUUGCUGUUUUGAAGAUCUGCUGCUUAAUUAUCCCCAUCCCUCAGCCGGAGAUGUGGAGUGUUUUCCUUUCAGUUUUUGGUAAUGUCGAAUUCUCCUUUUGUUUUCCCUCUUGGGGCCAGGGGUCAGAAUUCCUAAGCAUGACCACAGCUUCUUUUAAACGUCCAAGCUUCCCAGUGGGAAAGAAACUCCCGCUCAACAGGUAAAGGGAGUGGGUGGGGUUGCUGCCUGCAAUUUCUCUAAAACCGCUUUAGUGCCUUCGUACAUACACCCAGACAUCCUGAGCAGGAGGGACACGCGUGUGUGUGCAGGUGGUCCGGUCACUCCGCGGAGAUUAAAGUACUUGCCCGUGUAGGAAGUUGGAGUGCUUCUGGACAGGCCCCAAAGGCAGUGGGCUACAUUCAAAAUAAAUAAAUAAACAAGGAAGUUACAUGCGCUUUUCUGUCUUGAUAACGUGGAAUGCCAAGACCCUUCCUUGUACUGUUGCCCUCCACUACUGUGCAUCGACUUCUCCAGGUGCAUCCACGUGGCAACUGCAGUGAUUUGGGCCGUCUCUCUGUGUUGGGCCAAUAGAAAGGGGUUCGUGUUUUUCUGUUCUUGUACUUUGUCUCCUCCCUUCCCAUCAACCCCUCUCCGCCCCCCAACUUUUUUUUUUUUUUUUUUUUUGUCAACUUGCUGGAAGCUUUGCUUUAUUGGUUGGCAGUGACCUAAGAACAGGAUACAGUGAGAUGUAAUAGAAGAGAAAAACUCUUCUUUCCAUGGUAUUUUUUGGCAGGAGCCGUGUCUGCUGAGAGGUUAGGUGUCUUUGAACCACUUAGAAAAUUAUGUGGGAGCAUCUUCUCUUCACCACAUUCUGGCAUGUGCACAGAGGCCUGCUGGUCACCUCUCAUUACACAGGUUUUCAUAAACAUUUUGAUCAUGUAAAUUUGAAUUUCCAAUUUUUACUAGUUUCCCUUUAUUUCUUUAAACGUUUGAUUACUAGUGGCUGGAGGUGUCUUUCUUUCAGACAUCACAAACUUGGCGUCUGUCUACCACUUGAAUAGCCAAAAGAAAAGGAGCACUAGCAGGGGAAGGGAUGUCUUCCGUCAGACUGGGGGCCUCUGCUGGCAGUUGAGAUCCAGUGCCAUGACCUAAUUUCAGUUCAUAUCUCCGAGACACUGUGAGAAGUGGAUGUGGCAUCUCUGAUCCCUCAGUCCCUAGUCCUUGAUGUUUUUCAUUUACGACAUUCAUGGAAGUUAACUUAGCAGUGCUGCAAGUUAGCAUUCCAAACCAAAAUCUUUCAUCAGUGUCCCCCAGUAAGCAACGUGAUCCAUUGACUGCCAUUCAGUUUGUUUUAUUUAUAGCAGUUUGAUUUCCUAUUACUAUGGCUCCUGUUCUAAGAACUUUCCCACCUCUUUUGACAUGAAUGUAGCGUAAAUUAGCAGUUGGUUCUUCCAAAUUCCUGUGGGUUGAAUGUGGUAUAGAAGAUAUGCAACAAAAAAAGGAAGAGAAAUUCCUAAGAAUUUGGAAGAGCUUUUACUAAUACAUCUAGCAGAAACUAAAAUUUCACAGGCUAUUAACUAGUUGCAAAUAUUCACUCUCACUUUCUCCACUCUAGUGGGAAGAGGGGGCAAUUUUUGUGGAGUUAACAGCCAGAUUCCAUAUCGACCUCAGAUGCUGUGUACUUUUUCAUUUUAGUUUUUAUAUUCUGGCAUCUUGACUCUUAAAACAGAAUGAAGAUGUCUGUGUGCUGAGCAAACUGCUUAGGCCAAGCCUGUUUUCCUUGCAGUGUAAACAGGAUGUUUUCAGCAGACUUGGCUGUAACAGCCAUCUCUAAGAUUAGGGAACAAUUGAGUCUUUAUGUAGAAAAGGUUCCCUUCUCCCCCGUCCUCUGAGUUCACAUUCAACAUAUGACACUUUGUAGGUUAUUUUGGGGGGUUUGGGUUUUUCCUUUGUUUUAAUUAUCUAUAAGGUCUUUAGCUAGGAGUAGAGAUAUAUAUAUUUUAGCUGGUUAAAUCAAACUUUUCUUUUCCAGUGUUUUUGCCAAGUUUUGUCAUACUUCACGUCUAUGCAUUAACUACGCUUCUUAGUGUUACUGCAAAAAGAACUCGUACUCUUUGUUUGCCCUCCUGUGAGUACACAACAAGGCUGCAUGUGGUAGUGCAGAUGAAAAUACUCCAGCCUGUGUGUAUACAGUGAAUUGUCAACUGUUAGACAGAAAAUAGGGCGCCCUUGCUCUUUCCCUCCGCUGCACCCCCUGCCACGCCCCCACUGCUUUCUCAUCUGCAAGUGCAGGGUGUCCACACAGUCUGGAAACAAGCAGAUAUCCAUGAUGUUGUCAAGGACAUUGUCAAUCUAUUAAAAAAUCAUAAACUGUUACAUACAGUUCCAGGGUUAGAGCACACGCUGUGAAGUGAUCUGUAGGCUUAUGACCAGUGCCAAAGGCGUGUGUAUUUUCAGAGGUGGUCCCCAUUUGAUGGUGGUGUUUUCUUGACCUUAAAUUUGACAAAGGAGGUGCUGGUAUUGCAUUCUUUAGAUUUGAAAUAAUUACCAACUUCAAACUCUAAACAAUGUAGUAACUUAAAAAGCAAACAUUGGCCCUCCCUGCCCCGCUCAGAACGCCUCCUCCCCACCCACACUGCCAAAGACAAGAGGCCAUGAGCAUUCCCAGGAUGGCGAAGGGGCACUGGUCCGGAGACCGUGCCUCCCCACCACCUGGGCUUCCGUGCUGCCCUGCAGGUGGUCAUUCGGACUGGAUCUGGAGUAAUUACCAAGUAUUCUAAGCUUUGAGUGGUUUUGAAGCUGUCAAUCUCUGUAGUGACCUGCCACCACCACCAGAAAUAGCAAAAGUGACCUGAACUGCCAGUGCUUGCCUCACAGAAUUUAAAUACUCCCCUUCUCAGUUAGCGCCACACCUGAGUUUGUUUUCAACGCGAAACCAACCGCACACCAGGAAAAACGGUACUACCCUGACCACGGGGUCUCUGCAAGACUCCAUCAUUGGUUCUUCAUUCUGCCAACACUUGUUGUGAUCCUGGGAGGGGGAAGGUCCGAUAAAGACAAGAGAUGUUCUGUUUUAAAAUUUUUAAAGAAAGUGUUUCCUUAAAGCAUUGUGUGCCUCAACUCUGAUUUCAAACUAAAAAUCACUGCUUUGGAAAAAAAAAAUCCCCAUUGUAAUUGACCCAUUUCAAGGCAAUAUUAAGAAGUUGGGAUUGUUUUUUAAAAAAGUGAAAUUCCUUUUCACAUCUAAUGGUGAGCAGCAAAAGACAAGUGGUGAGGGUAGCUUACAAUAUUGUAGCCAAGUUGUGAAAUGAAGUGCUUUUCUUUCCCUUCUCCUCCCCUGCUUUCUUGGACCUCUUACUGCAGUUGGCAGUCCUCCUCCUCGGGCCGCUGAAAGGUGUGCGCACCUCUCGGAGGGCUGGGGUGUGAGAGGUGACUGGAGGUGAGGUGGAGCGGCCUUACAGGACUAGCCUUACAGCAGAGCUUUAUGGAGAGGAAGGUAGUUAUCCUACAAGUGUUCGCCAAAAAUGAAAAAGAGGGGUAUCUAUACAAAGCCAAGGGGAAAAACCUUUGGAACCAUUUAAGAAGUUAUGUACCUUUUAAAGGUAGUAUAUUUUCUCAGUAAGUGGUGCAUUCAGCAUACACUUCUUGCCAGAAAUUUCGGGAUAAAUUAGAAUAAAUGUGUUUAAAACACCACCUCUACCCCCCUUUUUAAUUUUGUCCAAGGAAUUAUUUACUUAAGUGUAGUAUUUCUGAUCUGAACGUGCCUUUGUGAGUACAGAGACCGUCUGCUUUAGGAAGAAGCUAUCCAUUAGGAUGAAACAGAACGGCGGUCCUCCUAGACUUUAGGGAAGUCAGCGUCUCUCCUGGCAGUCUCCAGGGGCAGCUGUUGUUUUCAUUAGCAUCAAUAUUGCACAGUGUAGGGUUGUGUGGAAGAGUUCUGGGGCUUGGGAGAGGGGGCAGUGAGGUGACGGUGCACAGGUGACAGAGACCCAGGUUAGUCCGAGAGUGCAGGUAGAAUUACCUAUCUGCGUUGCCUAGUUUUCUUCGUGUAUGUGUGUGUGUGCUCGUGUGGUGGUUUUACUUUUUGUUUUUCUGUAAGCACUGGAGAACUGAAAUACGGUGAUGUUUGUGACACAUCCAUGCAUGUCCAGGAGGCGCUGGCCAGCUCCCGCGUGCAGAGCUGGCAGCACCCUUCCACCCCCAGCGUCCGUGUCCCGAGAAGGCCAUUGCUUCCCCAAAUGGAAGUCACUUCACGUUGCUGUUUAUGCGAACAGGGUAACACACAGAAGGAAAAGGCUUUUGAAAGCGUAAGAUGGAAGUGUUUGAGAAAGGAAAGAGAAAAACCUGAAAUCAUAUUUUAUUUCUUCAGAACUAUUAUAGCUACACAUAGAAACCUGCAGUGUCUCUUCAUUUGUUUUUGUUUGUUUCAAACGAUUCCGCCUCUUCUCCCCACUCCUGAUCUUCUAAAGAGAUAUCAAGUGAACGCUAAGGGCCAUUUCCGUAAUUCCUCAGAACUCCCCAAGAGGAAACCAGUCCCUCCCGCAAGAUUCCUCCAGCUCAUUCAGGAAGACACAGGGAGGAGAGAUGCUGCCGCUCUCGCUCUCGAGCUUCACUCUCAUUCCUCUCUAAUGGCCUUGAAAUGUAUUAUUAUGCAAAUGUGAAUUUUGAUACUGAAUUUAAGAAGAGGUUGUUGGAUUUUUUUUCUUUUUUCAAAAAAAAAAAAAGGUCCCAUAUGUGGUCAUCAUUGCUUUAUUUUGUUAACGUGAAUUGUAACUAUGCAUUCUGCAAAAGGGGGGAAGAGAGGGCAGAAAGAGGAAGGAAGUAGCUUUGCAUCUUGUUCUAUGGUUUCUGUGUCCAUGGUAUCCCAUGUCCUGGCGGAGAAGGGGGGUGAGAGCAAGCAGCAGUAAGGUCAGUACAGUGAGGUGCAGAGACCUCUGGGUCCUCCUGUGGUCGCUGGCAGGCCUGGUGGCCCAGCAAAACCAAGGUGGUACAGGAUCCUCCAUCCUAGCCAUGCAGUGUUAACCCAGUGGGACAGAGGGGCCCCAGAGCCCCCCCCCCGUGUUCCCUGGGGGAAAGUACUCAUCCUUUCCUGAAUUCAGAACCCUUUCAAGCUCAGGAAACCACGCCUCACUCGUACUGACCUUCAAGUUCGUCUUUACGUCAACUCCAGAAACCUCUUCCUCCUCCCCCUUCUCCUCCUCACUCCUUUUUAAUUUUUUGUUCUUCCUUCUUAGUCACUUCGAAGUGAACUUAAUUACAAGGAAACUGUCUUGUUCUAAGGGAAAGAAGACUAUUGCUUGGCAGGCAAAAAAGGCUUCUCUUCCCCAUCCACUACCCCUCAGCCAAACGUGAUCUCUCUCUUCCCUGGCGUUUAUUAAGCUGUGUCUAGCUAGCGAGCAGUGAGGUGUUUGACCCGGGAAAGCCUGCAGCCUUCUGUUUGUCCUCACAGAAUUCCUUUGUGGGUCUUGCCUGUGGCGCCUCUCGGCACCUGCAUUGCUCCGGCCUAGGCAUUGUUCGCAACACGCAGCAUCGUGCACAAGAGAUCGUCCUGCCUGUGUUCAGUGUUUCCACGCGGCAGCUCUUGUUGUUGUCCACAGUACUGUAACAAGUUACAGACUUGACCACAGUCUCCUUGUGCCCAGGCGAGGCUGCACGGGCACGGUCUUAUCAGGGUCUCAAUCUGUUAGAUUGCCUUUAGACAAAAAAACAAAACAAAAAAAAAAUUAAAAUCCUGACGUUUCAACUGUCUAACACAAAGUAAUACCUCGAGGUACAUUUCCCCUGCAGUGUAGCCCCUGACUUCCCCGCUCCUUUUCUGACAAAAGUGGGUUAUCCUUUUGAAAAUAUGAACAUGUAAAUAGCAGGAUAACUUUUAUAAUUUUUUUUGCUGUGAAAGUAACCCUAAAAUAUGAUGUUUCUCUCUCUCUCUCUUUUUUUUAAGCCAUCAGAAGUUUUCAAUUUUAUUCUUUCAUGUUGCAGAAGAGAACACAGAACAGGUCAGGGCGUGGGCAUGCACUGUGGGUUGGUGUUCUCUCGGCAGCCCUGUCCACAGCGGCAGGCCAGUGUCUGGUGCCCCUUUUGAAUAGAUGCCGUCUGUUCCAGCCUUCUAGCUCCAGGAUGGGGACUGUCUGAGUUUCUCCUUUAGAAAGAUCCAUCCCCUUCAGGGUUCAGAAUUGUUUUCCACUGGAGACCUUGAGUUCUCAACCUUUCUUGAUUCACACACACACACACACACACACACAGAGUUAGCAGCAUUCUGUAAUUCACAAAGGGAAUUAGUCCCUGGCAUUUCAGUUUGAUGCUAUAGAAUUCACAGCUUCAUCGCUGCAAGAGGCUGAAAAUGUGUUGAUUUCUUACUUACAAGGCAACUCAUCUGAGAUGUGCAACAACUGCCCCCAGAGGCAUGUGCACCCUCAGACACUGCCCCUCCGUGAGGCUUGGCUGACAUUAGGUUGAGGGACAAAAGUUUAACAAAUGCUGCUUGUAGGGACCUGUCAGCUACUGCUCUCCUAGAUUUGGCUGGCCACUUUCAAGGCAGGGUCAGAAUGGGUCAUUUUGAAUAGUUUCUUCACAUACAACCCACCCCCACCCCCAGUCUUAAAGACGAACCCGGGCAUCUGUCAAGAAGCCCUUCUUAGUUUUGACUUGUACAUGACGACUUCCUUGGAGGGGAAGAAGCUUGAUUAUAAAUGCACGUGCAUUCACCACCCACCGAUCUGGGCCCUAUCAGCCUUGGGAUUUUAUUUGUUUGUUUGGAGAUUCUUUUUCUAUCAGUCCUCUGAUCCAUCAGAAGUUCUUCCUGACCUUGUCCCUCUGUGAUCCUCCCAAAGGGCUUUGCUGAUCUCUGCACUUCUUUCCUGGGACGCUCACUCCCCCACCACCAUCCUUUGCACACGUACCAGUGACCAAAGUGUGUCCAGUGAUCUCACAGAAGACAUCAAAAAUGGUGCAUGCACCACGAAUGUGCUCACAGAGACACGUGCACAAGAUUCUGCACCCUUGGCCUUAACCUCAGUAUGACUUAAGGGGCAGGAACAUUCUUAAUAGGUUUAAAAAAAAAGUCCCUUCUGGGAGGGAGAGGGGAAAAGGCAGACACAAGAGCUCAGCUGUGCCAGCUCCUAACUCUCCACUAUUUGCUUACAACUUCAAAUUCCAUGCCCACCUCCAACCCAUCCCUGUUUUGAGAACCAAAAACAGACAACAAAAACAACCUGAGGAGAGAUUUCUGGACUAUUUUGUCUUUCUCCACUUAGAUGGAGAUGUAAAUGCUGCUUUGGGUUCCAUAAUCCUAGGGGGCUAUGUUUACAGAGUAAAAUACAUCCUUACCAAAUCAGGAAACUGAAUAACGGAACCUCUGCAGUGAGAGUUAGUCACUGACGGUGAGCAAGACCGGUGAGGGGACCGGAGGGGUGCAGAGGAGGAGAGACGGAGAACCCACUUCAGUGACCGGUGACAUGUUGCUCCCUUCCUCCAGCCUCCUCCCUUCACUUCUCUCCUUGCCCACUCUGAACAGAAGGUGCAGAGAAGGACAUCAAAAAGAGGCUGGAGUGUUCAAAGGCAGCUUUCCAACUUUGCACACAAACAGGUAACAGGAAGGUACAGUAAAAAUCCUCUCAUCUGAAACACUGUCAGCAGAAACAGAACCUGUAAACAUGACCGAAUAGCUGCACAACGCUGAUGCUCUCUGCAGGUUACCUAGAAGUGUUUUGUUUUUCUUAUACUUGAAAUAGCUUUUACAAUAUUGUUUUGGUGGCUUUCUUUCCUCUCUUCCAGUGGGCAAUAGAGAAAGUGGAUGAUGUGAUUCAAGGAAGUUUGAGGGGAGAAAAGGAAGGAUAUGGCAUUGUCUUUUUUUUUUUCUUAAGCAUAGAGGUUUAAUCAAACUCCCAUAUGUUGAAAUUGUUCCUCAUAUUACUGGUUUUACAUGGACACAGAAACUAGGCACUUUAGAGGUGCACUUGCAUGGCAGGCUGGGCCCCCCUUUUCUGUAUUUUAUUUUACUUUAGUAUAGUGGUACUUAAAAUCACUGGUUCACUUAAAAAACAAACAAUAAAAUGUUAAACUCUACUAAUGUACAAAUAAGCUGAAAAGUUGCAUUUUAUGUGUAUUUUUUGCCAUAGCAGGUACUGUAUUUCUCAUGCUGGAUUUCAAAAAAAAAAAAAAAAAAGCAAAAGCAAAAAAAAAAAAAAAACAACUAAAGGGGGG